AUUGCGAUGAAGGAGAAUGUGACUGGCGAGAUCAAAAAUCCCCUGGUAGGAAUACCAAAGGACCAGCUCAUGCAAGAUGUCGAAGCUUUUGCGCACAAGAACGACCUCAUGGACAUCGUUCCUCUCCUUCGCAAAGGUGCUUUGGUCGCGCAAAGUCCGAAAGAUUUCGAGAACAUCCCCGAGCUUGACGAUGCUGAUCGACUUGCCCUGCGCGAGGAAGAAACUCGCCGAUGGAAGCAUCCAUGGGCACUAUACAUGACAAUCACGCUCAACUCGAUUGCCGCAGCUAUUCAAGGUUGGGACCAGGAAGGCAGCAACGGUGCCAAUCUGUCAUGGCCGCAAGACUUGGGAAUCCCAGAUUCGCCGCCGUUCUGUGGCGCAAGUAGUGAAGAUCAACUUUGCAUCGAUCGAACCUGGCUUGUGGGCUUUGUGAACUCAUGCCCAUACAUCGCCAUUUGCUUGUUCACUGCUUGGAUCUCCGACCCCAUCAAUGACUGGAUCGGGCGUAGAGGCACGAUCUUCAUUGCUGCCAUCUUCUCACUGCUCGCCCCGAUCGGCUCAGGUUGUGUCCAGACGUGGGGUCAGUUGGUCGCCUGCCGUAUCCUGCUUGGUGUGGGGAUGGGCUUGAAAGAGGUCACUGUGCCUGUCUACAGUGCCGAGAAUUCUCCAACAAACAUUCGUGGCGGUUUGGUCAUGUCCUGGCAACUCUGGACGGCUUUCGGAAUCUUCUUGGGUGUCUCGGCAAACCUCGCAGUCUACCAGGUCGGCGACAUUGCCUGGCGCCUCCAGCUGGGCUCUGCUUUCAUCCCGGCAGUCCCACUUGUCCUUGGAAUUUGGUUCUGUCCCGAAUCGCCAAGAUGGUAUUUGAAGAAAGGCAAGGCAAAAAAGGCUUAUGGUUCGCUUAAACGCCUUCGAAACACUGAGCUUCAGGCUGCGCGAGACGUAUACUACAUUUCGGCUCAGCUCGAUUACGAGAAAGAUCUCGUUGCACAAUCCGGCGUUGCCAAGACCGACAACUUCUUCACUCGCUUCAUCGAGCUCUUCACUGUGCCCCGAAUUCGUCGAGCGACUCAGGCGUCUGGUAUUGUUAUGAUUGCGCAGCAAAUGUGCGGCAUCAACAUCAUCGCAUUCUACUCUUCGACCAUCUUCUCCAACGCUGGCUUCGGCACCACAUCAUCUCUUCUCUUCUCAUGGGGCUUCGGUCUGGUCAACUUCGCCUUUGCGUGGCCCGCUGUCUGGACGAUUGAUACCUUUGGAAGACGAUCACUCUUACUAUUCACCUUUCCAAACAUGGCCUGGUCCCUGCUGACAGCUGGACUGUGUUUCUUGAUCAAUGCCGACACCCACCGCACAGCCCGCUUGGCGACUACUGGUCUUUUCAUUUACAUCUUCGCGGCAUUCUACAGUCCAGGUGAAGGACCAGUCCCUUUCACCUACUCGGCAGAAGUCUUUCCAUUGAGCCAUCGCGAAGUCGGCAUGUCUUGGGCAGUCGCGACCAACAACUUCUGGGCGUCUGUGCUUACACUUUCUUUGCCACGAAUGUUAAGGGCAUUCACGACCACGGGAACUUUUGGGUUCUAUGCUGGUCUCAACGUCGUGGCUUUCGUCAUGAUCUUCUUAUGGCUACCAGAGACGAAGCAACGCUCUCUCGAAGAACUCGACUACGUAUUUGGCGUGCCUACGACAAGACACAUGAACUUUCAAGUCAAAGAGCAGCUCCCUUGGUUCUUUAAUCGCUGGAUCCUGCACAAGAAAGAUCGCGUCGAACCUAGACUUUAUCAUUUCGAUGAUACGGCGGUCGUGGAUCCGUACAACAAGGAUGGCGAGAAGGUGCAGACGUAUCAGGAAGAGGUGAAGGCGAGUGCGUGAAGAAAGUGCCAGGGAUCAUCAUGAUUUGGUUUUUUUUGCAGAAGGACCUCGGAGACUGAUGCAUGCUGAUUGAUGCUUGAUGUGGAUUUUUAAUAUGAUACCCUCGCUCGCUUUCUAAUUCGAUCAGUAUAUCGAG